AUGGCUUCCAUUCUUCGGUUUCGUAAGCUGUGCUAUGUGGAGCCUGUGAGGUCCUCUUCAUUGGGUUUUCGAUCUUUUGAGACCCUGAAAGUUGAUAAUAAAGAGGAGAGUGUUGUCUCGAAAGUCAAGAAUAAACUGUUGGAGAAGAAGAAGAACACGAGGCAGAGUAAGGAAUGGAGGUGCAUAGAUCACUGUUGUUGGAUAAUUGGAUACAUGUUCACAACUUGGUGGCUUCUCUUGUUUCUGUACCACUGUUUGCCGACGACACUGCCCGGCUUUCGGGUGCUAGAAUCGCCUGGGACGAGGCUUAAGCGCGAAGGCUUAACCGCGCUUCAUCCGGUAGUCCUGGUGCCCGGCAUUGUUACCGGCGGGCUAGAGCUUUGGGAAGGCAGGCCUUGCGCUGACGGUCUGUUUCGGAAGCGGCUUUGGGUUGGUAGUUUUGCCGAAAUCUUCAAGAGGCCUUGGUGUUGGACGGAGCACCUAUCUUUGCAUAAUGAGACAGGCCUUGACCCGCCAGGAAUUCGGGUCCGGGCGGUUCCGGGGCUGGUUGCAGCUAACCAUUUUGCUCCUGGGUAUUUUGUUUGGGCUGUUCUGAUUGAGAAUUUGGCAAAAAUUGGUUAUGAGGGGAAGAAUUUGCAUAUGGCUGCUUAUGAUUGGAGGCUGUCUUUCCAAAAUACAGAGAUCCGGGACAAAGCUCUUAGUAGAUUGAAGAGUAAAAUUGAGCUUAUGUAUGUAACCAAUGGCUAUAAGAAAGUGGUAGUGGUGCCUCAUUCUAUGGGGGUUAUUUAUUUUCUCCAUUUCCUCAAAUGGGUUGAAUCACCUCCUCCAAUGGGAGGUGGUGGUGGUCCAGGUUGGUGUGCCAAGCACAUCAAAGCAAUCAUGAAUAUUGCUCCAGCAUUUCUCGGUGUUCCAAAGGCUGUUAGUAAUAUAUUUUCUGCUGAGGGCAAAGAUGUCCCAUUUAUCAGAGCUAUGGCUCCUGGUGUUUUAGAUUCAGAAAUUCUUCGGCUUCGGACCGUAGAACAUUUCAUGCGGGUUUCUCGAACUUGGGACUCCACCAUUUCGUUGUUGCCUAAAGGUGGUGAAACCAUCUGGGGUAACUUGGAUUGGUCUCCUGAAGAAGGGAAUGGUUGUGAUUUUGAGAAAAAAGGAGAGCCCUCUAUGAGUGACAACAAUUUGAACCAUAGCAAUGGAAGGAGAGGUUUCAAAGUGAAAGAUCCUGUUAAGUAUGGAAGAAUUAUUUCUUUUGGAAAGGCAGCAUCACAAUUACCUUCUUCACAGCUACCUACUCAUGAUUCAAAGGAGUCUUUGCACAAAAGUGCCUCCACUAAUUUCAACUCAUCAUGUGGAGAGGUGUGGACUGAAUAUGAUGAGAUGAGCAGGGAAAGCAUCCGAAAAAUUUCAGAAAACAAGGCUUACACAGCUGCAACUCUUUUUGAUCUACUCUGCUCUGUGGCUCCGAAAAUGAUGCGACGUGCCAAGAAUCACUUCUCUCAUGGGAUCUCAGACAAUCUUGAUGAUCCUAAAUACUCCCAUUACAAAUACUGGUCCAAUCCAUUGGAGACCAAGCUUCCUAAUGCUCCUGAUAUGGAGAUAUAUUGUUUAUAUGGUGUUGGAAUCCCCACGGAAAGAGCAUAUGUGUACAAGUUGGAGCCUUCUGACAAGUGCAAGAACAUUCCCUUUCGGAUUGAUAGCUCGGCAGUUGGAGACUCCGGCAGUUGCUUGAAAAGCGGAGUGUAUUUUGUGGACGGCGAUGAGAGUGUGCCGGUUCAUAGCGCCGGUUUCAUGUGUGCCAAAGGGUGGAGAGGAAGAACUCGGUUCAACCCAUCCGGCAUGGCAACAUACAUAAGGGAGUACCGGCACAAGCGUCCAGCGAGUCUGCUUGAGGGGAGGGUCACAAAGAGUGGUGCACAUGUAAACAUCAUUGGAAACGUUGCUUUGAUUGAAGACAUUUUACGAGUUGCUGCUGGUGCCACUGGUGCAGAGAUUGAAGGCGACAAGAUCUACUCAGAUAUCAUAAGAAUGUCUGAAAGAAUAAAUCUUCGGAUAUGAUUUUGUUGGAUACAUGAAUUGCCUUCAUGAUAAUUAGUAGAGCUGUUAACAAGGCGCGGGGAGAGAGAGAGAGAGAGAGAGAGAGAGUACCAAGUCACUAACAAUAGAAAACUCCUUGACAUCUGCCAUUGAUUGCCAUAGCCGCGCCUGCCAUCCAAGACCAAGCAAAUGUUGGUUUGAGGGAGAAAAACAAGAGCAGAUGUUGGUUUGAGGGAGAAAAACAUGAUCGAGCAGAUGUUGGUUUGAGGGAGAAAAACAUGAGCAGAUGUUGGUUUGAGGGAGAAAAACAUGAGCAGGGUGGAAGUAUUUUCUCAAGAAAUUUAGUUAGCGACUCUUAUAAUCAUUCAUGUGAAUAAUGUGAUUUUGGCAUGGGUGCUGGAUUGUGGAGGUUAGUAUAUAUGGGCUACCCAUUCCUCAUCAAGUAGGCAAUA